AUGAUCGCAAUACUCUUGUUCUUGGCGUUCACCAUCGUAGCAGGUCUACCUGCGGACCAUAUACUAAUCAGACCAGAUCAUGAACUCCGAUACCAGCACGUCGAAGGUGGUGAUGGACUGUACCUGGCAGACUUGUGGACGAAACUGAGCGACAUCCAAGAUGCCGCCAGAUACAACCCUGACUCCCAGAAUGUUUAUCAUCUUUUUACAAGGGACAACCCAAGCGUGAGCCAGCCGCUCCUUCUUGGCAACGCGGGCUUGCUCGCAAUAACCAACUACGAACCCCAUCGCCGCACAAUCGUUCUCCUACACGGUUAUCAAGACAACGCCGUGGGUUCUUUAAACGCUGUGCUAGUGCCUGCUUUCCUGGCGGCAGAGGAUGUCAACGUGAUCGUUGUGGACUGGAGUCUGGGCUCCAACAGCGUCAACCUCGCAACCUCCGUCGCAAACACCGUGACUUCUGGUGAAAGUGUAGCCAGAUUCAUAAACUGGUUGAACCAGGCGGCGGGUGUUACAGCCGGGAGCUACCACAUAGUGGGAUAUGGUCUUGGUGGACACCAGGCUGGCAUCGUGGGGAGAAACGUUGAUGGAGAUGUGGCGUACAUCACUGGUCUGGACCCAUCGUUCUAUCUCUGGAUAAUAAACAGCCAUAAAUUCAGACCCGACGACGGCUCUUACACCGAAAUAAUCCACACAAACGCUGGCAUCAAUGGUUAUCUAGGUACUUUGGGUCACGUUGACUUUUACCCUAACGGCGGAGUGAAUAUGCCUGGUUGCAACGGUGCAACUUGCGACCAAGAAAGAUCGUUCUUCUAUUUCGCCGAGUCCUUGGUCAGCGGAGGUUUUACCGGUCGUCGCUGCGCCACGUAUGCAGGAGCCAUGUCUAACCUCUGCUACAUGUGGGGCAACCUGCGGAUGGGUGGCAUAGCGCCAAAGACCGGAAGUCGCGGAAUUUACCGACUGGAAACAAACUCGCGUUCACCGUUCUCACGAGGCUGAAUUUGCAUUGAGGGAAAGAAGAAUAAAGCACUGAGAAGCUUAAAAACUAAUGAACAUAAAUUUACCAUUGUAAUAUAAUGAAAAAAAAAAUAUAUAUUUUGUAACAUUACCAGUUUUAAAAAUUUUUUAUAUAUAUUUUGACGCCUGACGUAAAUAUAAUGGCAAUGUCAUUCAACAAAGUAAUCGCUAAAUUUUUUUAUUAAGUAAUUUUUUUGCUUUUAAUUGAUAAGUAGAUUACAAACAUUCAACUUUCUUCAUUCGACCAUCGCUACCAGACUUAAUAAUA